AGACCUAAGCCUUUGUCUGAUGAUGAGGCUUUCGAACUAUUUUGUUCUGAAGCUUUUCCAAUGGAAUAUCCUGUUAGUGAUUUCCAAGAGAUGAUACAUAAGGCAUUGGAAUACGCUAAAGGCCUUCCGCUAGCAAUUAAAAUAUUGGGUUCAACCCUUUUUGGGAAAGGCGUUGCAGAAUGGAGAAGUGUCCUGGAUAGAGAGGAAAUUAUUCCCCCUUAUGAUGUCAUAAUGAUGCUUAGAGAAAGUUUUGAUGAACUCGAUAACAUGAGUAAGGAAAUGUUUUUGGACAUAGCAUGUUUCUUUGUAGGGAGGGACGUUAAUCAUGUGAAGGAAAUCUUACAUGAUUGCAUCAGCUGCUCUGUGGAUAUAGAACUUCUUAUUCAAAAAUCACUUAUCACAAUUGUAAAUCAGAAGAUACAAAUGCACGGUAUAUUGCAAGCAAUGGGACGAGAAAUUGUUCGAAAACAAUGUCCAAAUCAGCCAGCUAAACGACGUCGGUUAUAUCUUUAUGGUGACAUCGAAUAUGCUAUGGAGGAUGGAAUAUACGAGGUGAUCGAAAAUGUGGAAGCUAUAGUCUUGGAUUUGGAAGAGCCGAAAGGGGUUGCAUUGAGGAGCGAUGCUUUACCAAAUAUGAUCAAUCUUAGACUGCUCAUAUUUCGUAAUGUGCAAUUUUAUGGGAACCUCGACAAUCUUUCAAGCAAGCUGCGAUAUGUUUCCUGGGAUCAAUAUCCUUUCACUUGUUUGCCAUCAAGUUUUCAGUCAGAUACACUGGUUCAAUUGAUUAUGCCUGAUAGCAACAUGACACAAGGAUGGGAGGGCAAAAUGAUGCUCCCUAUGUUGAGGAAAAUGAAUCUAUGUGGCUCCAAAAGCUUGGUCAAGACGCCAGAUUUUGGGGGGGUUCCGAAUCUUGAGAGGCUGGAGCUUGAGGGAUGCACUGGAUUGUUGCAACUCCAUCCAUCUAUUGCUGAACUUUCAAAGCUCAAAUCCUUGAAUUUGAGAGGUUGCACCAAUCUUGUUAGUAUCACUAAUUCCUUGUUUUCUCUGAAUUCGUUGCAAGUCCUAAAUCUAGCUGGCUGCUCUGAACUUGCAUACUGCUUGAACUUUUCUCCUUUGAAGAGCUCGGUAGAAGUGGAGCUGCUUGGCAUUUGGUAUAGUCCAUACUUAGAAAAAUUGCUGUACUUUCUUCUGUUUGUUUUACCAGAACCCAAAAGGUUAUCAGGAUUUUGUUUGUUGCUGUAUUAUUUACUUUAUGCGUGUUUGUGAGGUCAGUAAACAUGAAUCCUGAGGUUGAAGGUGUUUGUACAAGUGUAUCUGGUAAAU